AUGCAUAGAGAUUCUGAAAAAUGCGUCGUAGUGUUAAACCAUUGGCAACAAUCCUGUGUAUCAGUGGUAGCGGGCUUCUUGGGUUAUUCAUUGAGAGGGCCAAAAAUGGUAAUAACUAUGUGCCUGGAGUUGUGUACGCAAAAGGAAAAAAUGAAAGCAAACCACAUCAACCUUCAAAAAACAGUCUGCCUGAAUAUAGGAGAAGAAAUGAAAUAAUGAGAUUUGGAUAUCCAAGUUUUGACAACAUCAAGUAUCGAGASAACUUUGUGUUUUCGUAUAGCAGAAGGCUGAGGCAAGCGAACUGGGUGUGUGAGCAUCUUAAUUCAGAAAUUCUGAAGAAACAUGAAGCAGAUAGAAGCAAAUGUGAAUUUCUCGUGGACCGUGACGUCCAUCCUCUUUUCAGAUCAACAAAUGAAGAUUACAGAAAGACCGGAUAUGACAGAGGACACUUGGCUGCUUCAGCAAAUCACAAAUUGUCACAAGAAGCCAACUGCCAAACAUUUUUUCUCAGUAACAUUAGUCCUCAAGUUGGGACAGGAUUCAAUAGAGAUUCAUGGGAACAUCUUGAAAAAUAUGUGCGACACCUUGUCAGGUUGUACAAAAAUGUCUAUGUCGUUACUGGACCAUUGUUCUUGCCCAAGUUAGAACAAGAUGGACAGCUCUAUGUCAAGUAUAAGGUUAUUGGAAAUAAUCGCGUUGCCGUGCCAACACAUUUUUUUAAAGUCAUCCUGACUGAAAGUAAUUCAGAGAAAUAUGAAAUGCAGUCGUACAUUCUUCCCAAUCAACAAAUACAUGAGAAAACAGCACUGCAUAUGUUUCAAGUCCCAGUAGAGACCAUUGAAAAAGCUUCUGGUCUGGUUAUAUUUGAUAAACUACCAAGAAAGAGCAUAAAAGUAGUUAAGCCAAUCUUUUGAAGGUAGCUAUGCUGCAUUGUGAUAAAAGUAGGUUGUACUAAAAUUUUCUGAAUUUUAAACACUUCAUUUAUUAUUAUAACUCCUUCAUUACUGAUAUUACAAUAAGUUCUCCCAGUAAAAUAUUAAAUAACUUCAUAUGAUUAUAUUUUUCCUAACAAAGUUUAUAUUGCAUCGACAUUGUUAUUUUUUGAUUUGUAAGUGGUUUGUGCUUUGGUGGUAGUGGGUGCUUUGGUGGUAGUUGGUGGCUUAGUAGUAGUAGGUGGUUUAGUUGUGGUGGGUGCUUUGGUGGUAG